CGCGGCAGUCACAACAAGAAAGAGGAGGAAGAGGAAAAACGACAGCACCAGCCAGUUUGGAUUCGUCGUCGACUCGCAUUGCGUGACAACACGGGGAAACGCAUUCGGGCUUCUGAUUGCUCCCACUCGACACCAUGUCUGAAUUGUUACGCUACAUCGACUACGACCACAAGGCGACCUUCCUGAAGAUGCUCAACCAGCAGCGCAUGGAAGGUGAGCACUGCGACGUGGUGGUGGUGGUGGAGAAUAUCGAGUUCCGGGCUCACCGCUGCGUCUUGGCGGCCUGCAGCAACUACUUCAAGAAGCUGUUCAAGAAGCAGAGCGACGAGGACAACUCCAUCGUAGAGCUGGACUUCAUCCGUUCGGAUAUCUUCGAGGAGGUGCUCAACUACAUGUACACGGCGAGACUGGCCGUGCGCAAGAAGGAUAUCAACAUGAUGAUGUCGUCGGGCCAGAUCCUGGGCAUCAACUUUCUGGACAACCUGUGCUCGCAGAAGCGCGAGCUGACCAACAUGAAGACGCGUGAAAAUCAGGCACCGCCGGGCGACCACGGCCUGCGCGCGCAGGACGCCAUCCUCAAGGAGCUGGCCAUGGAAGAGGUGCGCAAGAACAGCUUUUAUGACACAGCCAUGGACGGCAUGGGUGGCGCCGGCGGCUCUCACGUGCCCCAGCCGCACGGCUACAACACGGGCUUAGCCAAGGACCCGCACGCGCAUGGCUGGGGUUCGUCCUCGUCCGGUGAUAUGAAGCUGGAGUACCUGCUGUACGGCCACCGCGACCACGGCUCGCUGCCCGGCGCCGGGCCCAAACCGUUGGAGCACAACGCCAAGAAGGAGCGGCUGCUCACCGCCAACCGGCCCUAUGGCUGCGAGCACUGCCCCAAGGCCUUCACCACCGCCGCCCACCUCAAGGAGCACCUGAAGAUCCAUUCGGGCUUUAAGCCGCACCGCUGCGUGGUGUGCGGCAAGGCCUUCAUACGCGGGCCCGACCUCAAGCGCCACGAGCGUGUGCACAGCAACGAGCGGCCCUUCGCCUGCCAGCUUUGCGAGAAGGCCUUCAAGCACAAGUCGCACCUAAAGGACCACGAGCGACAGCACCGCGGCGAGCGGCCGUUCAACUGUGGCUCCUGCGACAAGGCCUUCAUCAAGGCCUCGGACCUCAAGCGCCACUGGAACACCAUGCACAGCGGCAACCCGCGCCGCCAGAUGUCGCUCUCGCCCGCCGCCUCGCAGCACGCUGCCGACGACCAGCGGGACUGGAAGCUGGAGGCGGCGGCCGCUGCGGCGGCGCACUCACACGCUGACUGCUGAGACAAUUACGUGACAAAAACAACAUAAAAAAGCCCAUGACAGGCAGGCUCAAAAGACUACUUGUAUUUCUUCAACAAUGUUUUGUUUCCACGUGUAAAAUCGACGUUUAGUUUUUCCUCACAAAGCAGUGUAAGUGUUGAGGUCUCAUUAUUACUUUUCUUUGUUUUAUGGUAUCGAAUGAUGACCAAGAGGGGCUUAAAGGAGACAUACUGUGAUAUUUUUUCCCCUCCCCUUGCAGUUUUUUUUUACUGAGAAUGCAAACUUACUCAGCGUUUAAUCAUCAUUAUAUAUUACAAUUGCAGAGACUUCUUUUAUGAACUACUGUACAUAUUUGCAAUCUCUUAAAGACGCUGAGCAGAAAAAAUAAUCAUUCCAAAAAAAAAUUUGGUACAAUAUACAUAAAAAAUUUUUAAAAAUCAAGUAUUUUAAAUACUUUUUCUUGAUUUUCAAACAGGUCUAAUGAUAGAGCAAAAACUAGCAAAGCCUGUUGGUAGAGAGCCCAUCAGUGGCCCACCAUGUUUUUGGGAAAAGAAAAAUGUAAAUUAGCAGGAAUUUUGAAUUCAUGACUUAUUUCUUAAUAUAUGCUAUUUAUUGACAUUACUCAAACGUAGUCUUACAUAGGGUGCAGUCUUGAAAUACAGUUUGAACAAGGACUGGGACAGGUUUGUUCACAUACCGACAUUAAGAUAUCACCAAUGUGCUUUCAAAUGUAUCACUGGAUGCUGUUAAAAUACAUAUAUAUACAUUUUAUAGUUUAUUUUAAAUCGCUAUUUUAGCUGUGGGGUGAGGGAAGAAAAGCCUGGAGGCCCGCCACGCAUCUAAGACAUUGAGGGGAAAUCCAGCAAUGUCAAUAUAUAGUUUAAUUUUUUGAAUACAAUGAACUCAUUUGCUGCCAUUUAUUCCCAACCAGGCUCUCCCAGUCAAAAUGGAUUUGUGCCCAUCGUCGUCAAUGGCAGCCUAUGGAUUAAAAUAAGAAUCACUGUGCUGGGGCGCACUGACAGACUGACGGCUGUACGUGCAUGCCUUCGACUGGCUAACUCGGAACCUACAGGCAAAAGAAGUCAGCGACUAAAUGAUCAGCCCUGAUACAAAAAUUAAAAAUCUGGCUCCAAUGUUCAAUGGAUACUGGUCCAUUCUACAUAGCUACCAAGUUUCAAGACGAUCAGUUCACGAAUGACGGAGAAUUAGAACUUCAAAAUUAGUCUCCACAAGAAGAAUAACAACCUGAUUGGCAAGUGUCAAGCAGCUGACUACUCUGAAUAGAUGAAAAGUAAGGCUAGACUAUAAGGCUAACAGGUCAGUUAGCGUGUCGAGCUAGCAGGCGGGUUCACAGCGUGUAGAACAGUAAUUUUAAUCUUCAUAAUAUGUCUCCUUUAACGUCAAUUGCGUGUAAUCAUGUGGGUGGUUUUUUUUCCUUAAAUGGAGGUGUUUAGUUAGUCCUGAUUGGUCGCACUGUACAAAAAAGAAAGGCGACCGUUUGUCACACGGCGAUAUUACCAAAGCGUCGGUUCGCUGUCGACUCAUUUACUGUCAUACAGUAACACAUGUCAACGGUCAUUGAUGGACGUCUUGUUUGUAUAUACUGUAGCUUACUUACAUGAUUAGCUUGUGGCACAAUUUAGAGUUGACAACGAGAAAUUAUGCACAUACUUAUAUAAAUAUAUAAAUAUAAAUAGCGUUGUCCCGCUCCGACGCUUUGACAAUAAAACACCGUUUUGUAUGUGAUUACUUGUUUGUUUUUGUUGUUGUUCUGAGCACACCUUUUAAUUGCAGAGGAGCGUUUAAGGCCACACGCCAAAGAAAAGUCAUGCUACUACCGAAAAAGAGAAUUACAAGAACAAAGUUGCCGUUUCAUGAAAAGACGUUCUGCUUCUAUGAGAAUAUGUUUGUGAAUUCCCAUCUUUCAAAAAACAAUGGAGCUUUUUUUGCAUUGUUUUAUCAGUAAAUACAAUUCUCAUAGUAUGUCUAUUUAUAUGUGCAAAAUUAUAACAUUGUGAAAAAAAUUCUCAUGGGAAAUUCUUGGUAGGUGUGUAAAAUAUGCUUUUUCAUCUAUUUUUCUUGGGGAAAUGGCUGCUAUCGUGACAUUGUUUUGGAUAAAAAUGACUAAUUUUGUUAAGUUUGUGAGUGGGAAAGAAAGUACUAUUCCUGUGGUAUGCAUUUUCCCUGUAUAAAAACAGCUAUUCUUGUAGCAUUAAGACUAUAUCCUCUACAUUUUUUUGCUCAAGUGUGGCCUUAAUACUCCUUUCUGACAGUGGGCUCAUGCUAUUUUUAGUUGGUUCAUUUAUUUCCUGUGAAAAAUAUGAUAAUCAGGGAGAGACAGAAAAAAGAAUCACACUUCACCAAAGCUUUUACUAUAGUCUAAUAUGAUUUUCUAUAACUGACAGGUGAAACUCAACCCACCCGAGUAUAUUUUUGUAUAUUUAAUGAACUACUGCAACACUCAUCUAAAAAUUACUUGUCAUU